AUGGCGGAUUUAACUGAAAAUGUUUACAUAGCUUCGAGAAGCAGGAGAGAACCUAAAACUGCCAAGGCAAGCGAAGUCCCCGAGGCCAGGCCGCAGAUGAACAGCAUCACCGUUUCGAAGAAGCGCAACUGGCUGCACCAGAGCACGCACAGAGCUCCUCACACGGAAGAGGAAAACACGUGUACRAGAACGCAAGGGGCUCUUAUCCAGGUACCAGCAUCUCCUAGCCCGUUGCCGGAACCCAAAAUCCAGGCGGUUCCUUCCCGGUCGCCUGUGGGGCCGGAGUGUCCCGCAGGACCCUGCGCUGCUGCCAGCGCCGUUCCAAGCGGCGCGAGCUCCUUUGUCCCGAGAAGCUGCGCUCUGGACUUCAGCGAGGACAACGAUGCCGACGAUGAAGGAGAAAUAUGGUACAACCCCAUCCCUGAGGAUGAUGAGCCYGACUGGCCCAGAGCCCGCAGCUCGGGUGUGAGCCGCUCCGGUACGACGCGCUCCCAAGCCGCCGGCUACAAAACGGGGAGACACUUGGCUCAAGGCGGGGGGGCCCCCGAAGGCCCCCCUUGCCCGUCGGGGAGCAGUGGGACAGUCCAGCCCGGUGAGCCGGCUCCCGGCGAGGCCGCGCGUGCCCCGGAGCACGGGCAGCUGCCCAGGCCCCGGCUGGCGGGCAAGGCGCAGGGCGGGCCGGCCCCCGAGGACUGCUGUGCGGCCAGGUGCCCCCCGCCAGGAUCUGGAAUUGCACUUGCGUCCAAGGCUGACAUACCACCAGCAGAAAUUUCUCCUCCAAGUCCCAGUCCUUUGAAAAAAGGUGGAUCAAUCAACUGGCCUUUUCCCGAUAGAAUUAAAUCUCCCAGAACUGUGAGGAAACUUUCCAUGAAAAUGAAAAAGCUGCCAGAGCUCAGCAGAAAGUUGAGUGUCAAGGGAACGUCAAGCCAUAAUAGCUGCGAUAAUCCUUCUUCCCUGCCGAAAGGUACCUGUCGGGAUACAAGCCAUACCACGUCUUUGUCAUCUUCUGGAAGCUCCACGGCAGCUGCCAGCAGGAAUGUGAUAAGCCGUUACCAUCUCGACAGCAGCGUGUCCUCGCAGCACACCUACAAGAAGAAGAGCAUGAGGAGGUCCAAGUCCUCCAGCAAAGGUGGUUACCUCAGUGACGGUGAUUCUCCUGAACUUAUAACCAAAUCAGGGAAACAUGGACACGAAACCAAGUUUGGGAAAGGGAAGGACGCCCUUCCAAGCAACAGCAGUAAGGCCGAAAUAGAUAUUGAUGCUUUUAGACACUAUAACUUCUCUGAUCAACCCAAGUGUUCUCAGUACAUCUCUGGACUCAUGAGCAUUCAUUUCUAUGGCGCUGAAGAUUUGAAGCCACCAAGAAUAGACUCAAAGGACGUCUUUUGUGCAAUACAGGUUGACUCAGUAAACAAAGCAAGAACAGCCCUGCUUACAUGUAGGACAACCUUUUUAGAUAUGGACCACACAUUCAACAUAGAAAUUGAAAAUGCUCAGCACUUAAAGCUAGUAGUGUUCAGCUGGGAACCCACCCCACGGAAAAAUCGCGUUUGUUGCCAUGGAACGGUGGUUCUUCCUACUCUCUUUCGAGUGACAAAGAUGCAUCAACUGGCUGUCAAACUGGAACCAAGGGGGCUUAUUUAUGUCAAACUGUCUCUCAUGGAACAGUGGGAGAACUCUCUUGAUGGUCUAGAUGCAGUCCGAGAGCCAGUGAUGUUUGGGGUAGAUGCUCGAAAAGUUGUUGAGAAGGAGAAUGCAGGCUUGAUGGUACCGCUUUUGAUGCAGAAGUGUAUUCUGGAGAUAGAGAAGAGAGGCUGUCAGGUCGUGGGCCUCUAUCGCCUCUGCGGCUCGGCAGCAGUUAAGAAGGAGCUUCGGGAGGCCUUCGAGAGAGACAGCAAAGCCGUUUCCCUCUGCGAGAACCAGUACCCAGAUGUCAAUGUGAUAACAGGUGUCCUAAAGGAUUAUCUGCGAGAGCUGCCCUCUCCCCUGAUAACCAAGCAGCUGUAUGAAGCAGUGCUGGAGGCCAUGGUGAAAAAUCCCUUGAAAAUGACAGCAAGCGGCUGUGAAAAUGACCCAAGUGAUUCUGAGCACACAGCAGCCCUUCUGGAUUGCCUGCCAGAUGUUGAGAAGGCUACUCUGAAGAUGCUCUUGGACCACCUGAAGUUAGUGGCUUCCUACCACGAAGUAAAUAAGAUGACAUGCCAGAAUUUAGCCGUAUGUUUUGGUCCUGUGUUACUGAGCCAGAGGCAGGAGACCAGCAACCAUAACAACAGAGUCUUCACAGACUCGGAAGAACUUGCCAGUGCUCUGGACUUCAAAAAGCACAUAGAAGUUCUUCACUACUUGCUCCAGCUAUGGCCAGUGCAUCAUUCAACUGCCAAAGACCCAACGCAUCUGAAUGCUUUUUCAGAGCACCCGUCGUCCCUGCAUUACCUGAGACCUAAGAAGCAAAGACCUCAGAUGUUGAAUUUGAGCGGUACUGAAAUGGCCGGGGUGCUUAGGCCGCGGCCAGCAGGUCUGGACAGCCCUUCGAGUAACCGCUAUGCAGGAGACUGGAGUAGCUGUGGGGAAAACUACUUCUUAAACCCCAAAGAGAGCCCAGAUGAAGCAGAUUAUGAUGAUGUGCCUUCGGAAGACACAGAAAGCGGGGAUGAGAGCAGCAGAGUGGAUGGGUCAGAUGGCCUCAUGAAGCAUCCCCAGACCGUUCCCAAGGAACGCGCGUUUCGGAGCUAUCUGACAAUGCAAGCCAUCGAUUCCGCAGYGGACCACAGGGCCAACCUCAAAGACCUGCAGGAAAGUAUAGAUAUUCUCAUAGGAAACCUGGAAAGGGAACUCAACAAAAACAAGCUGAACAUGAGCUAUUAAUUCCUGUCCUGCAUGAUGUCUCUUCCUGGCGCUUCUCCGCUCCCCCAAGGGCCGGUUUUCCGUGAGCRGAAUGGCCCGUCCUCAUGAGGCCGUGGCCCACCUGGAACCAACCAACCCCUUUUAAGACAUUCCGUUUAUUAGAAGAACAUGUUGGCCUGAUCCUCUGGUGUUUGAGACAGAGCCAUAGAGAACAUGAAGUGACUCUACAAAGUGGUGGCAGAUCCUCCCUAAAAAUACUAUGCACUUAGGCAGUUUGGGCAAUAUCUGACAGAAGAUAAAGCAGCAUCUCUGCUAUUUGUCACAACAGUCAAACUCCACGUUCCUGAGACUCUAAUUCUGGUACAGAUGCUCCUCUGAGCAGAGGAUUAACGCUGCUUGGCCUGAGAUUUGCAGCAUGAACUUUAGA